CGUCGCCUUCCUCAGCCCGGCGGGGAGAGCGAGGGCUGCUCCGAAAGUAAUGCCUCCUACGUUACGGCGUCGGCCCGCCGUCGGGAUGUCGGCGGUGGGACCGCAGCAGGGGCUGAGCCCGCCCGUAUCCCGCUACGCGCUGCGGCCGGGGGACGGACGGGGCGGUCUGAUGUGGAAUGCGGAUGGAACGAAGGGCCGGGACUGAAUUCCUCCGCGUGGGAACAGUGGCACACAGCGACAUUCGACAACGCUCGCUGAACGCCGACGGACACCGAACGGCGCGGGAUCUCAGGGCGGACCCGCGGCGCUUCGCCCGCAGCCCCGGCCCGCCCCCUCUGGGCCGCACUGCGCAGGCGCGUUGCCCCGGCCGCGCCCGCCGACCCGGAAGCAGCCGGCGGCAAGAUGGCGGCGUAGCGCCCGCGUGCCGUUCGGGCCCCGCCAUGGCGGACCUGGGCCGGCAGCUGCACGAGUACCUCGCCCAGUCCAAGGCCGCCCCCGCCCCGCCGCCCGCCGGCGGCCCGCAAGAGGAGCCGGAGGGGGACGGCGCGGGAGCGUGGCCGAGCGCCUUCCCUGGCUGGCGCUGGCCGUGGGCGGCCGAGGCGGACCCGUGGCUGCCGGGGCUGUCGCCGUGGCAGCGGCUGGCGGGCGCCGCGCUGUGCCUUCUGCUGGCCGCCCUCUGCUUCGGGCUGGCCGCGCUGUACGCGCCGCUGCUUCUGCUCCGCGCCCGCAAGUUCGCGCUGCUCUGGUCGCUGGGCUCGCUGUGCGCGCUGCUCGCCGCCGCGCUGCUGCGCGGUCCGUCCCGCCUGCUGCGGGAGCCGAGCCGCGGCUCGCUGCUGUACGCGGCGGCGCUGGGCGGCACGCUGUACGCCGCGCUGGGGCUGCGCAGCACCGCGCUGACCGCGCUGGGCGCCGCCGCGCAGCUGGGCGCCGCCGCCUCCGCGUUGCUGGGCGCGCUGCCCGGGGGGGCCGCCGGCGCCCGGCGUGUCGGAGGGCUCCUGGUGACCGCGCUGCGCCGCGGGGCCGCGCUGCCCGUGUGAUGUACGGGAGGAGCGUCCCGCCGGGCUUCCUCGCGAGAAGGCGGCGCGGAACGGCGGCGAUUCCGAACUCAAGCGCGGGACAGCGCCCGGCCCCGCCGCGUCUGGAGCCGAGGAAGAGCGACCGCCCGGCGCCGGAGCGGAGACGGCGGUGGUGCGGGGCGAAGAGCGCCGAGCGGCCCGGCUCCCCGCGCCCGGUGCCGCCUCGGUGCCGGGAGCCUUAGCGAGCGCCGUGCGCUCUUCCUGCACAGAAACCGCUUAUAAUUGGCAUCCAGUAAGUGAAACAGGCUCCGGGGCUGUGGGUCGGCAGGCCUGUGCUCGGGUAGGGCAGGACCGUGCGAUGUGCUGUCCUGCUUCCAGGAGCCGCGGAACGGCACGGCGUGCCCCUCGGCGAGCUCUGCUGCGGAGCGGGCUGCUCGGCUCUGCCUUGGGGCUGACCGCCCUCCAGCGCCUCGGACGGAGCCGGCCCAGCUCUCAGAUUUGCCUCAAAUCACUGCUUAGGGAUACAGCGGGAAUUGUCAAACGGGGGUGCUUACAUGAUGGCAGACCAGCAAGCAGCAGUGACUUCCUGUGCUCUGGAGUUUUAAUGUCAGCACCUCUGGUUAUUUAUAGACAGCUGAGACUGCAGGCAAAAGAGUUCUCUAUAGAUGAUAAACCGAAAAUGAGACAUAAGCUGUUGGUACUGCCCACAGAUGAGACUUCAGGAGGUAGUUUGUUGCUCCAUCUGAUACACAAGUUUGUUAAGAAACAGCACUUUAUAGGAAUAGGUUCCACAUCUCCAUGGCAGCCCAGAAGAUUGACAGUAAUCAGGCAAUCCCUUGGGGAUUAAAGGAGAUUAUGUCUCAUACAGUCAGCGAGGACUUACUUAAGUCAGGUCCCUCUAAAGUGCCAGCCAUACACGAUCUCAUCCCUUACAGCUAUCUGCAGUUCUUUGUAUACUUUUAUUGCAGAACACAACAAAACCAAGAGAACCGGAUAAAGGAAUGGUUAAACCACAUCUGCCAUGGCGUGUGCAAUUCUUAGUCACCCCAGUCACAAAAUGAUAAGUUAAAACUGAAGCGAGUAUAGACAUGGUAAGAAGGGCAGUAAAGAAUGCAGAAUGCAUUCCAGAGAUAGCACACGAAUGGGUGAGAGCUCUGGCAUAGAGAAGAGCCACCUGAGGAUGGAAGUUUAUGCAGCCAGAGGUGGCAUUCAGAAAUAACCAACUAAAAUACAAGCCAUCACUGAAUGGAAGUAGUGAAUGAUGGGCUUAAGAAGACAAAAGCUUUUUAUUUUUUCCAAUUAAGCUUUAGAGCUCUGUCUGGAUGUCACAGGUUCCAGCGAUUCUUAAAGCUGGAUAAGACUUCUGCUGAAAAACACACCAGUGUUGCACGAGGUUUUCAAUACGAGGGACUU